AUGGUAUUAGCUGAAUUAGGUCAAAAGAUCACUCAGGCUCUAAGAAAGCUGAAUCAAGCUACAGUCAUCGAUGAAAAGGUACUGAAUGAAAUUCUAACUGAAAUCGCUUCAGCUUUAUUAGGUGCUGAUGUGAACAUAAAGUACGUAGCUAAGUUGAGAGAUGCAGUCAAGACUAUAGUAACUCUGCAAAUGAAUAAUGCUGCAGUGGCCAACAUUAGGAAACUCAUCCAGAGUACUGUUGUUCAAGAACUCACUAACAUGCUUUAAUCUGAGAACAAACCUUAUGAGUUCAAGAAAGGAAAGCCUAAUGUUGUAAUGUUCGUUGGUCUUCAAGGAUCUGGUAAGACUACUACCUGCACUAAGUUUGCAUAUCAUUACAUGAGAAAAGGUUGGAGAGUAGGUCUAGUUUGCGCAGAUACUUUCAGAGCUGGUGCCUUUGAGCAACUGAAAAUGAAUGCAGCCAAAAUCAAGUGCCCAUUCUUCGGUCACAAGAAAGAAACUGACCCAGUAAAGAUUGCUUAAGAGGGAGUCAACUUCUUUAAAGAACAAAAGUUUGAGAUCAUUAUUGUCGAUACUUCAGGUAGACACAAACAAGAGACUGCUCUAUUCGAGGAAAUGCAGUAAGUCUAAGCUGCAGUUAACCCAGAUACUGCUCUUUUCGUCAUGGAUAGUUCCAUUGGUCAGGCUUGUUACGAUCAAGCACUCGCCUUUAAUAAAGCAAUUAAGGUCGGUUCAGUUAUUAUCACUAAGCUCGAUGGUCAUGCCCGCGGUGGUGGAGCCUUGUCAGCAGUCUCAGCCACUUAAUCUCCAAUUAUCUUUAUUGGUACAGGAGAGCAUUUCGAUGAUCUAGAAUCAUUCAAUGCUUCUAGUUUUAUUAAGAGACUUCUAGGUCUAGGAGAUAUCGGUGGUUUAGUCCAGACUGUGAAAGAAGCAAUCCCAGAGGAUAAGCAAAAGAAAAUGGUAGAAAAUAUUCAAAAGGGAGAAUUCUCUUUGAGAGAUAUGAGAGAUCAGUUUUCAUCUGUACUUAACAUGGGUCCUUUGAAUCAAGUUGUAAGCAUGAUUCCAGGUCUAUCAUCAAAUCUGAUCCCCAAGGGAAGAGAGAAGGAAUCAACUGCAAGAAUUAAGAGAUUCCUGUGCAUGAUGGAUUCAAUGACAGACGAAGAGUUAGAUUGCACAAAGCCCUUAGUUGAAUUAAGAAUUCUUAGAGUAGCCAGAGGUUCAGGAACUAGACCAGAGGAGGUAGCAUUCCUACUUGAGGAACAUAAGAAGUUUGCUAAAAUGGUGGCACAAUUCGGUAAGAUGAAUCUAAACAGUCAAACUGAUUUAAAGAACCUGAAUAGAAACCCCAAGUAACUCAUGCAAUAGAUGUCAAAGGCUAUUGAUCCUAAGCUUCUACAGCAAAUGGGAGGCAUGGGUAACCUUAUGAAUAUGAUGAAAGAAAUGGGUAAUAUGGAAGGUAUGCAAGAUAUGAUGUCUUAAAUGAUGGGAGGCGCCGGUGGUCCUGCUGGUGCAGGUGGAAUGCCAAAUCUUGGGGCUCUUGCGAGCGCUCUUGGCGGUGGCGGAGGUGGUAGAGGUAUGCCACCUGGUAUGCCUCCAGGUAUGAGAAGAGGUGGUGGCGGUGGUAGAAGAAGAUGA